AUGCCCGCCCUUCCAGUGGACGACGUCGGCCUCCUCGACCUAAUCGCAGGCUAUAUGCACGAUAUCCUUUCGGCGAUCAUCCCGGCUCCACUCUUCAGUGUCCUAGCGGGCUUUUCCAAUUUGAUCUACCGGCUGGUCUUGGGCGUGAGCAACGACCCCUCAUCGUGGCGCUCCACCCUCCUACCUCCCUUGCUCGCCCUCCUACUCGCCUACACCUCCCUCCUACUCGCCUACCGCACCGUUCGCUCCACACUCCGGGUCGUAUGGUUUGGCGUCAAAUGGGGCGCAAUCCUCGGUGCAGGGAUAGCGUUGUGGGCGUGGUGGGUCGGGGAGGGGGAGGCGAUCCAGAGUGAAGGAAGGGUGCCGCCAUCAUCCUCGCAGGGCUGGCGAGGUUGGGCCGCGAAUAGUGGUACGUAG